AUGCGAAAGGGACGAGGAGGCGCAGGCAGAAGUGUCCCUCAGCAUCUCGGCUAUUCGCCGGAAUCAGCCGAAGACAUGCAAGUGUUCGAGAAGCAAGUGAAGGUUGACAAUGGGGACAAAUAUAGUCUCACUCAGAACCCACCAGCCUCAGCUAGACCUGCAUCUCCUCUCACCUCCGGUCCGGAAUCUGGACCUGACUCUACACCUUCUGCGCAAAAGGCCACUGGUUCUUCUUCUAUCGCGCGCGCUGGAUCGCCUCCUGGAGGUCCCCGAUCUGCUAUCAGACGCCGCGCAGCCGCCGACCAUAAAGAAUCCCUCAAAAAUGCUCGUCCCGCUUCGACGCGUUCGGCCGGUGCGGGUGGCUCUUCUGGGACAAUGUUGAGACUGUACACGGAUGAGAGCCCGGGUCUCAAGGUGGAUCCUAUGGUUGUUCUGUUCCUGAGCUUGGGUUUUAUUUUCAGCGUUGUUGCUCUACACCUCAUUGCGAAGAUCACGAAAAGAUUCUCAUAA